AUGACUGCAAACCUACAACUACAAGACUCUCGAACCAGUGUUAUUGAAAAUUGUGCUUGGAACAAAGAAUGUGAUUGUGGCUGGCUUGCAGAGACCACCCAAAUCACUUGCAGGUGUGUAUCAGCAACAGCUAAAAGACGAGCUUAAUCACAUGUGUAACUGGCUUUCCCUUCAGGGACAGAUAGUUGUGUUGAUAGGAGAUUUUGACAAACUUUGACCUGAUAAAGCUGAGGGGAGAUUAUUAAUUGAUAUAGAAGAAAUGCAUGGAAUGGAAUGCCUGAUAACACAGUCAUCAUGAAUUCAGACACGAGGGGGACGAACGACCAGAACAUUAGUUGAUGUUAUCUUGACAAAUCACCCUGAUAUGUUUAUUCACAGUGGUAUUUAUGACCCUGAUCUGAGUGACCACCCACUCAUGAUUUACAGAUUUAUGUAAGAAAAGGUCAUUGCAUGUGGUGUAAGGAUCAUAAACUUUCAGUUUAUGAAGAACUUUAAUGAACAGAAAUUCAAACAGCACGUAAACUCCACCCCGUGGCAUGUAAGCAAAAUAUUUGAGGUAGAGAAGACCAAAUUGGUUUCUUUACUGAUUAACUGAUAGUUAUUGUUGACAAACAUAUGCCCUACAAGAAGAUGCGAGUGAGAGAUUGGGAUGUCCCUUACAUGACUACAGAGUGGAAGAAUGCCAUUAGAGCUUGGUGAAGAGCUACAAGGAUAUAGGAAAACAAAGGCACCAGAAGACUAUGAACUCCAAUGAAGAUUAUGAAAUAAGACAACAAGACUAAGGCGCAAGGCAAUUAGAGAAUACUGGAGAACAAAAGCUGAAGAAUUGAAACAUAAGCCACAUGACUUCUUCGAGACUUUCACACCAUAUUUAGGAUCUAGGAGUAAUUGCAAGCAUGACAUGAACAUGAAACUGGACACCAAAGAUCAUAUUUCUAAAGAUCAGACAGAAAUUGUGGAAGAACUUGGUGAAUAUUUUGCAACGAUAGCAAAUGGCAUUGGUGGUGUCAGUGGAUACAAUAACAGUGCUGAUCAGGAAUUACCCACCAGCUGAUUGCCAGCCUUUCAGAUUUAAGAAGCUGGAGGUUAAGGAAGUGGAACAGCUGCUAAGGGAAUUAAACCCUCAAAAAGCAACUGGCUGGGAUCACACAUUGCCAAUAGCUUUAAAACUUGGUGUGGAAGAGCCGUCUUUACAACUGACAACCCUAUAUAAUGCCUGUAUACAGCAAGGGUAUUAG